AUUUCCCAGCGGCCACAACGCCGAGUUAGCGGCCACUUCUGGCAUGCGGGGGUCGUUGUCCUGGUAGGGUGAGGCCCUAAGGUGGAGGAAGAAACCAGUGGCUGCCUGUGCUCAUCAGGACCCCAGCCGGAGGGACUGCCAGUGUGGAGUCGUUACCAUUAUCCCAAAGAAGGACCCCCAGGAGGAUGAGAGUAUUAUUGCUGUACAUCUAAAGUCAAGGGAGUGGAAGCAUGAGGAAAAUGGACCAAUUUUGUCAUUCUAAAAACAUGGCCUAUUUUCAGGGAUCUGUGUCAUUCAGGGACGUGGCCAUCAGCUUCUCCCAGGAAGAGUGGGCGUGUCUGGACCCUGCUCAGAGGGCUUUGUACAGGGACGUGAUGUUGGAGAACUAUAGCCACCUGCUCUCACUGGCAGGAAGGUCCAUUUCUAAGCCAGAUGUGAUUACCUUACUGGAGCAAGAGAAAGAGCCUUGGGUGGUUGUGAGGAAAGAAACAAGUGGAUGGUACCCAGAUUUGGAGUCAAAUUGUGGAGCUAAGAAGUUAUCUCCAGAAAAUGAUAUUUACGAAAUAAAUUUGCCCAAACAGAGUAUAAUGCAAAUAAGUAAAACUCCUGGCCUCAAGGCCUCCAAUUGUAGAAAUGACUCAAAAUGCAGAAAUAGAUUUAGGGGACGACAGAGACAUCAAGAGGGGUAUAUCAGUCAAAAGAUAAUAAGCUAUGAAAAAAGGCAUACUUAUACUCAUCAUAUUUCUCUUAUUCACAAUACAGAUAAGCCAUAUGAAUGUAAGGAGUGUGGGAAGUACUUUAGUCGUGGUUCAAAUCUUAUUCAGCAUCAGAGUAUUCAUACGGGAGAGAAACCCUACAAAUGUAAGGAAUGUGGGAAGGCCUUUAGACUUCUUAUCCAGCUUACUCGCCAUCAGAAAUUUCAUAGUGGUGAAAAACCCUUUAAAUGUAAGCAAUGUGGGAAAGCUUUUAGUUUUCCCACCCAGCUCAAUCGCCAUGAGAACAUUCAUACAGGUGAGAAACCAUUUGAGUGUAAGGAAUGUGGUAAGUCCUUUAAUCGUAGCUCAAACCUUGUUCAACAUCAGAGUAUUCAUACGGGUGCAAAACCCUAUGAAUGUAAAGAGUGUGGGAAAGGCUUUAAUCGUGGUUCAAACCUUAUUCAGCACCAGAAAAUUCAUUCUAGUGAGAAACCCUUUGAAUGUAAAGAAUGUGGGAAGGGCUUUUGUCUUCCAGUAGAGCUUGCUAGACAUCAGAACAUUCAUACUGGUGAGAAACCAUUUACAUGUAAGGAAUGUGGCAAAGCCUUCAGUCGUGGCUCGAAUCUUGUCCAACAUCAGAGUAUUCAUACUGGUGAGAAACCCUACGGGUGUAAGGAGUGUGGAAAGGCUUUUAGACUUCACCUACAACUUUCUCGACAUCAGAAAGUGCAUACUGGUGAAAAACCAUUUGAAUGUAAAGAAUGCGGGACAGCCUUCCAAUAUCAGUACCAACUUAUUGAGCAUCAGCGAAUUCACACAGGUGUGAAACCUUAUGAAUGUAAGGAAUGUGGGAAAUUGUUUCGUCGUGGUUCAAACCUCAUUCAACAUCGGAGUGUUCAUACUGGAAAGAAACCUUUUGAAUGUAAGGAAUGUGGGAAGGCCUUUAGACUCCAUAUACAACUUACUCGACAUGAGAAAUUUCAUACCGGUGAGAAGCCCUUUGAAUGUGGAAAAUGUGGAAAAGCCUUUAGUCUUCUCACCCAGCUUCAUCGCCAUGAGAACAUUCAUACAGGUGAGAAACCAUUUGAAUGUAAAGAAUGUGGAAAGUCCUUUAAUCGUGUCUCAAACCUUGUUCAACAUCAGAGUAUUCAUGCUGGCGUGAAACCCUAUGAAUGUAAAGAGUGUGGGAAGGGCUUUAAUCGUGGUUCAAACCUUAUUCAGCAUCAGAAAAUUCAUUCUAGUGAGAAACCCUUUGAGUGUAAGGAGUGCGGGAAGGCCUUUAGGUAUCAUUACCGACUUAUUGAACAUCAUAGAAUGCAUACUGGGGAGAAACCCUUUGAAUGUAAAGAAUGUGGGAAGGCCUUUACUCUUCUGACACAGCUUACUCGACAUCGGAACAUUCAUACUGGUGAGAAACCAUUUAAAUGUAAGGAAUGUGGCAAGGCCUUCAAUCGUGGUUCAAAUCUUGUUCAACAUCAGAGUAUUCAUACUGGCGAGAAACCCUACGGAUGCAAGGAGUGUGGAAAGGCUUUUAGACUUCACCUACAACUUUCUCGACAUCAGAAAACGCACACUGGUGAGAAACCGUUUGAAUGUAAGGAAUGUGGGGCAGCCUUUAGACAUCAGUACCAAGUUAUUGAACAUCAGCGAAUUCAUACAGGUGUGAAACCCUAUGAAUGUAAGGAAUGUGCAAAGAGCUUUAGUCGUGGUACAGACCUUAGAGUACAUCAGAGAAUUCACACUGGUGAGAAACCCUUUGAAUGUAAGGAAUGUGGGAAGGCCUUUCGACAUCAUUAUCAGUUUCUUGGACAUUCCAGAAUUCAUACUGGUGAGAACCCCUAUGAAUGUAAGGAAUGUGGGAAAUGCUUUAUUUGCAGUAGUGAACUUAGAGUACAUCAGAGAAUUCAUACUGGUGAGAAACCAUAUCAGUGUAAGGAAUGUGGGAAGGCCUUCAGUCGUAGCUCAAACCUUAUUCAACAUGUUAAAAUUCAUACUGGUGAGAAGCCCUAUGAAUGUAAGGAAUGUGAAAAGGCCUUUAGCAAUAAUUAUGAACUUACUGUACAUCAGAGAACUCAUACUGGUGAGAAACCUUAUGAAUGUAAGGAAUGUGGGAAAACUUUUAGUCUUAGUUCAGUCUUUACUGCCCAUCAGAGAAUUCAUACAGGUAUGAAACCCUAUGAGUGUAAAGAAUGUGGAAAGAGCUUUAGUUGUAGCUCAAACCUUAUUCAACAUGAGAGGAUUCAUACUGGUGAAAAACCUUAUGAAUGUAAGGAAUGUGGGAAGGCCUUUAGACUUAGGUCAGUGUUUAUUGCCCAUCAGAGAAUUCAUACAGGUCUGAAACCCUAUGAGUGUAAAGAAUGUGGGAAAGCCUUUACUGUGACUGGUCAGCUGACCCGACAUCAGAAAAUUCAUAAUCGUCAGAAGUCCUUGAAUAUAAAGAAUGCGGGGAAAAAACCUUCCCUGGUUAUGAACAGCUUACUCAUCAUCAGAGAGUUCACAGUGGCAAGAAACCCUAUGGAUAUAAAAGAAUGUGGGAAGACCUUCCAUCAUGGACUGAGAUUUGCUCAACAGCACAGUAUUCCUACUGGUGAGGAACUCCUUGAGUAUAAGUAAUGUGGAAGGAUUGACAGUCACAGCAAACACUUUAGAGAAGACAUUCUGAUGAGGGAGUCUUUAAAUGUAAGAAAUACAGGGUGGCCGUCGUGUUCAUUGUUUACUAAUCAUGAAAGAUAUUUUACUACGUAUGUUAAUUUCAUGCGUUUAGAAAAGCCUUCAAACUCCAACUGGAGAAAAACUAUCCUUGGAACAAAUAUAAGCUACAUCUACCUGAGGCAUGUGCUUUAUUGCUAUUUCACUACCUAUGUGACAUUAGACUAGGUGCCUCGCCUCUUUUUGCAUCAUUUAUAAAUGGCAAUGGUAGUGAGUACUAGUGCAAUUAUAGGAAUAAAUGUGUUACAGUACACAGAAAAUCCUUGAAAAAGUAUUUGGCACAUGCUUGUGCUCAUAAAGGAUAGCUUUUACAUUGUUCCAUUAGCAUUACUGUUACUGAGGACAGGAAAAGUGUAUUAUUGUGAAUCACUUAGAAAAACCUCAUCCAUUCACUAUUAAGUUUUAAAUAACUUCCGUAUAAAAUUUCAUGGGAGGUAAAGAACACGUGAGGAUUUUCAUUAAGAGCUCAUCCCUUAAGUUACAUCAGAAAGUUAAUUUUGGAAAGAAACCCUAUGGAUUUCGUGCGUGAGGAGAUAUUGAGAAAACAGCUGUGGAAGACUCAGGGAGAGUUUUUGAAGUGACUUGUCUAUAAAAGGCAACAGGCAGAAAAUGUAUAAUUUAUAUUCUCUGUCCAGAAGUUAAGAUAAAUUAAAUAUUAGUGAAAGAAUAGCAAACUAAAAGCUAUCCAUUUAUGUUAUCCAACUCUUUAUCAUGAAAAUUGCCACACAUAUGAAAAAGUUGAAAGAAUAAACACCCAUAUACCCCUUCUAGAUUCAGAGUUGUUAACAAUUUGACAUUUAUUUUUCUGUAUAUUUUAUGUUGUGCCAUUGAGAAUAUGUUUUAGACAUCAUGUACUUUACCCCUUAUUACAUCAGUAUGUAUCUCCCAAACAUAAAGACAAUCUCAUAUAUAGCCAUAGUACCAUAAUUACCCUUAAGGAAUUUAUCCAUAAUUCCAUAUUACCUAUCUUCAUUGGCCUCUAAAAUGCCUUUUUUAGGAGUUCAUCUUCUGAAUAGCAUGCAUUCCAGAUUAUGUAUUAUAUUUGGUUUUAAGCUCUCUUUAGUCUUUUUUAGUCUAGGAUAGUAACUCAAAUUUUCUGGAGUACCAGAAUCAUCUGUGACUCCUAGUAAAAAUACAGAGGUCCAGGCCCACUGAGCCUCUGUAUCUUUACUAGUUCUGCAGGGGAUUUUGGUAUGUGCUACAGAGAGUCACUGGUCUAGAAACUUUCUCCUUAAUUUUUUAAAAAAAAUUUUAGAAUGUUGACUUCAUGAGAAGUCCAGGAAAAUUGCCAUGUGUUUAGAUUUUCUGUUUCUAUAUGUCAUUUAGCUUUGUUCUGGCUUUUGUAUUUUCUGUACAAAGGAAAUUGGGUCUAGAGGCUGCAUUAGGUUCAGAUUAAAUGUUUUGAGGGGAGAACACUUGGUAGGUUAUGUCUGUAUGUCGUAUUGCAACAUGUCAGAAAACAUGUAAGGACAGGUCAUUACUUUGUUAGUAAAACUAAAUUUGAUCAUUUGGGUAACAUGGUACCAGAUCUCCAUUGUAAAGAUCUUUGGAGAGACUGUCACCUCUUUGGAAAUUUAUACUCAUGUAUUUAAAUCCUAAAUCAAAUAGAAAAUAAAAAAAUGAAAAUAGACUGUUCAGGAAUGAAUUGCAUUAAAAUGCAAACAUGAUUGAACUUGUAGAA